GCCGGGAACAGGACUUCUAAAAGGCAAAUAUGUCUGGAAGACUGUGGUGCAAGGCCAUUUUUGCUGGCUAUAAGCGGGGUCUCCGGAACCAGAGGGAACACACAGCUCUUCUUAAAAUUGAAGGUGUUUAUGCCCGGGAUGAAACAGAAUUCUACUUGGGCAAGAGAUGUGCUUACGUGUACAAAGCGAAAAACAACACAGUGACUCCAGGUGGCAAACCAAACAAAACCAGAGUGAUCUGGGGAAAAGUAACUCGGGCCCAUGGAAACAGCGGCAUGGUUCGUGCCAAGUUCCGAAGCAACCUUCCUGCUAAGGCCAUCGGACACCGAAUCCGUGUGAUGCUGUACCCCUCAAGAAUUUAAACUAACGGAAAAUAAAAGUGCAUUUGUGCUCUUGU